GUAUUUCUGGGAUUUAUAGUCAUGUCCGAAUCUGAAUCAGAUUCGGACAUGACAUAUGAAAUUUUAACUUUCUGCACGUGCAUGGGACUGGAAAGAUUAUGUCGUAUUUUAGUACUCUAUAAAACGAUCAGUAGAAAUAACCUCGGAUAAUACACCUGUAUAUCUUGUCUGAAUUGGCAUGUUGGUUAACAGACUUAGUGACGUACUAAUUAUGCAAUUUGCAUGGCGACGCCCCUUACAACCAGUAAAGGUCUUAUAGUAAAGGUCAGAACAAUUAGUUUGUAUUAAUAUGAGGUGUGUAGUACAUAUGGAACUUUUGGAGCACAUGAAGUCACUCCCAGGUUAUCCCAACGUGUGAAUCAAUCAUAAUUACUACAGACGUCUUCCAUCAACAUUACUUAACGCAUAUUGGUCUGGAAAAACUAAUCCUGUCCGAAUAGGACUCUAGACCACCUGAUCAGCAGGGUAAUUAAUGUAUGCUGUUUAUGUGCAAGACGCAAAACCGCGUUUACCAGCAACAAUUUACUGAUUUAUUUUUUUAAUUGUUAAUGUAUAUAAAAAUAUCCACAUCCGAGCACUGAGUGUUGAGUGAGCGGUGACAUUUCAUUUUGAUUUGGAUUAUAUUUUAUUCCUAAAGUUGUUUUAUUUAUUUAUUUAUUUAUUUAUUUAUUCUUUCUAAAGUUCAUCAACUCUUUAAAACGUUCAACUUUUCUUUUCUAACGGUCCGGAACGGGUAACAACUCAAAGCGGAAGUCGUUCUCUUACCCCGGAAGUGAAUACCGUGGAAAGGAAAAAAAAGAGAAACAACAAGGACAGCGACGUCAGGUAGCGAGUUGGCUAAGUAUAAAAUCAGGGUUGUUUUUUUUCUAAUUAUGAAAUUGUACAGAAGAUUUUUUUUACAACAUAUUUCUGAAAGAUUGGAUUAAAUAUCAGCGAUUCAUGGCGUAAAUCUGCACAGAUUAACCUGUGUGUGAUAAUGGACUGGAUCAGUCAUGUACGAUUCCAAGGUUUCGUGGUUAAGCUUUGCUUGAGUGUGUUAUGCAGUGCUUAGCAACACAAAUUCCAAAUUAUACUGUGCUAACCUGAACCAGACAUUUCCUCAUCCUCCUGGAGAUUAGCACACCGUGUGACGGGUAAUGACGGACCCCUGAGCAUCCUCUGUUUUGGCUUUUUGAGAACGACGGACGUCAUGGAUGAUCCAGAAGAGUUGAGAAUCGGGACGCGUCUGGACGACGGACCGGCGAGUGGGGGCAUGUGUGAGGAGUCUGUGCCGAGUCUGUCAGAGGAAGUGGAAACAUCUCGGGAGGUGCCGGAGGAUCCGAACUCUGAGUCCCACGGCGCGAAACAGGGUGAGCAGGAAGACCCGGAGAAGGUAGAAGAGAGCGGAUACGCAAGAACUAACGGGGGUAUGGAUCAGCUGGAGGAAGACGGAAACGGUGUGUUCGAUGAAGCGGACGAUGAGAAAGACGGUUGUAGGAAUGCCGCCACAAAGGAUGCGUCGGGAUCUCGCGGGAAGAAAGGAAAGUCGAGAAAAAGCGGCUCGGGUUCAGGUGAACAGUUUUCGUCCUGGAUGUCGCCUCUGUCCUUUUCCUCGUCCUCUGGAGCGAGCAGACAUAAACAGAUCCGCCGGAGGAACCACCACUAUCACAACCAGGGCCGUCUGAGAAGACAAACCGGCUUCCAGCUCGUGGCGACGUUCCGAGAUUUCCUGUCCGAAUCCGUCAGCCCGUGGAGUAUUUCCUGCAUCCAUAUGGUGGUGGAUCUGAUCGUGUCUCUGACCCACCACUGCGGCGUCGCCGUCGAAUCCGGAGCGUUUGCACUUUACGACCUUGGCAUGUUCAUGCUCUUUAAGGUCACUGACGUCCCGGGAAUGAAGCAGGAUUUAAGACGUGUAGUGGAUCGAACCCGGAGUUUGGCUGCAGCUCUCGCGGGCUGGGUUUACAAAACCACGUGCUCUGCACGCCGCAUGCUGGUUUCUGCUUUCAGUCUCAUUAGUAGCGUAGUGUUCCUAAGUGCCGGGGUCAUGAGGAGUGUUGUGGAGAGGCUGGGUGGAGACAGAGGCAGGCGAUGGUGGCUCAGUCUUCAGAACUGCUGGAUAUUGAAGAAAGGAGUCACGCUUAUGGGAAGGAUUAGAGUAUGGUUGUGGAAAAGUGGCUCCGAACACGUGACCGUGAAUCCAGAGUCUCCAUCCAGGAUGGAGCGGAGUCAGCCUGGACAAGAACUCGAGAGACUGCUGGCAUUAUCACAGAUCCCUGAAGAUGAGCUGGACCCGUUUAACGUGCUGGGCGUGAACACACACGCCACGGAGUCGGAGCUUAAGCGGGCCUAUAGACAGCUGGCUGUACAGGUCCAUCCAGAUAAGAACAAGCACCCUCGAGCCGGUGAGGCUUUUAAAGUCCUUCGAGCAGCGUGGGACAUCGUGAGCAACCCAGAGACCCGGCGCGAGUACGAGCUGAAGCGAAUGGCAGCGUCGGAGCUCUCCAAGUCGAUGAACGAGUUCCUGACGAAGCUGCAGGACGACCUGAAGGAGGCCAUGAACACCAUGAUGUGCACCAAGUGUGAGGGCAAACACAGGCGGUUUGAGAUGGACCGCGAGCCUCACGAAGCGCGUUUCUGUGCUGAGUGUAAUAAACGGCACGGCGCUGAGGAAGGAGACCUGUGGGCUGAGUCCAGCAUGCUCGGUCUGAAGAUCACCUACUUCGCCUUCAUGGACGGAAAAGUCUACGACAUCACUGAGUGGGCGGGUUGCCAGCGAAUAGGAAUCUCCCCUGAUACACAUCGUGUCCCCUAUCACAUCUCUUUUGGCUCCAAAAGUAACAGCAGCUCCAACCGCCACAGAUCUCCCUCAGGCCAUACCCCAGCUCCAGGCUCUCCCUCUGACCUGCACGAUUUCUUCAGCCGUAUUUUCCAGGGCGCGCCGGGCAGCGACGCCUCGUCCAACGGUGGAUUUUUCUCACCAGGAUCACCCCCGAAUCACCCCGGGGGGGCCGGCUCAGGACCGCCUCCUCAGCCCGGCUUGUUUACCCAGCGAGGAGAGACGAGCGAAAGCUGGAGCGAGGUAGGAAAAGGACAGCGUAGGAGGAAAAAAGCACGCAAGCCUUUUCAGCGCUGAGCGCCGGCACGAUGAUCUACAAUGGAGGAGAACAUCGGACUGCGGCGACGCUUGUGUUCUGUUCUUGACAGACAAUGGACAGGUCGAGGGAAAGAACGGAGGGGUCUGUGAUUGCGCGCGAGAUAAUGUCCAUGCCAAUAGGAACUCGAGAAGACAUCGGUUUGCGAAAGAAAAAUUCAACAAUAUCAAAGUGUUUUUUUGUUUUUUUUUUACUAUGAACUCAUCCAUGCAGAAAACAAUUAUUUUGCCCAUGGUUUUUUUAAAAUGUUAUUUUUAUUUGUUUUGCUUCCUGUCAUGCAGGUAGACGAUAGCAUGGCUUUCUCAAUGAAGUUUGUGUCGUUUUUGUUUUGGUUGUUUUUUUUGGCAUCAGUGUUUUACGAUUCUUCUUAACAAUCGGCCAUGAAGACACCUCAGGGAUGAUCAGAUGGUCUGCAAGGGCAGAAUGACACACACACAGCUCAUAAUAUCAUCGUAACGAUCGUCCGUAGUGGUUCAGUUUCAUUUAUACUUGAAUUUAUUUUGCGAUGUUUGUUUUUUAAAGUUUGAGUUUUGCCUCGUUUGAAGCAGAGGUUAGACGUGAGGUGCAGAGAAAUGUCAUAAAGCCUCCAUGAGGACAGACUGUUUGGAAACAUUUAUUAUUGGGUUAUAAAGACACGUUAAUAUUGUCCGUGUUUUGUUUUGUUUUAUUCCAUAUGAAGUUUUCUAAAACCAAAACUGGCAUUUUUCUAAAUCGUCAAAUCACAAAUUAAGGCGAGAUUCACAAUUUCUUACUUAGCGUAAAUGUAGUUAAUCAGCCAAGGCAUGUUUGGUGUCUGGAAUUUGCACCUUUACCCAGCACUUGCACUCACACACACACACUCACACACACUCACCCACACUCGCACUCACACAGCAACAGGCAACAAGUGAGUUUUGUUUUUCCCCCUGUGUAAAUUCUAUGUGAAUUAGGGCCUUGGUCCCUCCUAAGACUCCGCCCUUCUCUGUGCUGACUCUGAAGGGACCGCUCCACAAGAAGGUGAAAUAACAGUCAUGAAUUAAGAAGGAACGCAUUUGAACAUCAGUUUAGACAGCCAAAGCUAGUGUUUUUCUCACAGCACAAUCGCCGAGGCGAUUUAACGGCGAACAGACAAAAACAUUUAAUCGUCACCACCGGUUUCAUUUAGGAACAAGCUUAUAAUCUAUUCACCUACAUAACGUAUCUAUUAGAGCUGCAGCACUACUUUCAGUCGUUUUAUUAGUUUUAGUGUUCCUAAUACAAUGUUUCUUACUUGAACCUAACCCACGUUUACACCGACCUGUUGUUGCGCCAAUUUUUCAUUCAGCGUAAAAUCUGUACAAAGAAUCUCAGGAGCGAAGUGUCCAUUUUGACCUAAAUGAUGUUUGAUGACUCUACAGAAGGCAGCCGUGGUACCGAGUUGGGUUCAACGCUUCAGAACGGCUCGCGACGUUGGUAUGAAUGUCACCUGAAACCCCAACUUGAGUUCCUUACUAUUUUUAGCUCGCACUUCAUGUGGAAUUUCGUGCUCAGAAAAUGGAAGAAAAAACACGGCCUCAUGUUUUAAGCAAAGGAAACACGGCCGUGCUUAUAAACUUUAUAACCACGUACAGUAUAUUGGAACAGAUAGGCUGAUAGGUCACGCCCACAAGAUGCUAGCUAGUGUGAUCUUGAACAAAUCUUAUCUAUAAACCAUAACUGAAAAUUUGAAAUGAUGCUCAGUAUAAACACGAACUCUAACUAGUGGGGUUUUUUAUGAAAUGAAACUGAACGAUGUCUAUGAACUUUUUGGGUGAAGCAGACUUCUGGUCAUCGUUAAUGCUUGACUUGUCUUGGCUGAAUGACUGCAUUUAGAUUAAGAGGGACAUUGUGGACAGUGCUUCUGUGUUUUUUUUUCGCCAAAACCACUCAUGACUUUCUGCAAAUUUACACCUGGAACCUCUCCACUCGCUUGGAACUGACUGAAAAAAUGCAAAUGGAACGAUUUAAAAAACAAAACAAAACAACGAAGCACUUUGAAAGAGAGAGUUCAGAGGAAAGUCACGUGAAUAAGAACGAUGGCGUGCGUUAAUAUUUGGACGCUCUGCGACAUAUUGACCGCGUUUAUUCAUUCGUCUUCAGCGGAUGCUUUAUCCUGGUCAAAAUAAUAAUUCAUCAUUUUGGGAAGUAUAGUGGUGAAAACACAAAGAGAUCCUUCAUUUCACACACACACAAACACACUUCUAGGAUAGAGUUACGCUAAUUGAGACGGUUUCUGCGUUUCGUUCAUUUUUAUUAAGGCAGCCAAUGAUGAUGAGAAAAGAAAAAAAUACACCAUGAUUCUCCUGAGACGGUCACUUUAGAGUCACGUCACACACACACACACACACCUAGGGCACACGCUAACAGAACACGUGACUUGGGUUAAAUAUUGUGAUGCGUUCUGAGAAAACUGUGUCCAGAUUGAUGAAUAUUAAUGAGCCUGAUUAGCCUUAAACAAAUUAAGCGGACCUUCUGUUUAAUAUAUAUAUAUAUAUGUGUGUGUGUAUUUUGUUUCUCCACAUCUUCGUCACACUGUCAUGUCUACUACAGAAGUGAGACUUAUAACUGUGCUGGACGAUCGUUUACUGGAGAUUAGGCACGUGCUGAUACACUCAGAUACACAAUAUAUCGCAAAAAAUAUCGGUAUUAAAGUCACCUUACGUUCUCGGCAUUACCCUGGGGGCAUAAGGGUGGACGGUGUGUUUUAUGCAGCAAAAGUUCCAUGUUGAGAGCGAUCCUAAGAAAAAAAAAAUGCUGGUGGUUACAAUGUCAUAAGAUUAAGCCACGCCCUCACCGACACACUAACGCCCGUCACGACGGAAUGGUAUCGUGCUUAUGCCGUAAAAAUGGAAAUUGCCAUGGAAAUGUAAAAUUUGCACGUGUUUAAUCUCAACUCUGGGUCUGAAUAUCAUCAAGAGUUGUGUCAUGUUUAUUAAAUUGGACUUUAUUUUAGCUUGGAUGUUGAGCUGUAGCUGGAUUCUUCUUUUUUGAAUUGUUGACGUUGCACAGAGUGUUUGUAUUUGAUUUGUUUUUGGGGGUUUUUUUCUUUAAAAAAAAAAUCGAUUCAUUUCAUAUAAAAUUUGAUUUGCUAGCGAACGCUUUACUUUAUAUCCGACCUGUAAGCAGCGCUCCUGAUGAAGUGAAGGCGCUGUGUUUCCGGUUCCAAGAACGUCCCAGAACAAUAAGUGAAUUUAAACCCAUAUGCAAAAAGAUUUAUAUAAUAAAAAUGAAAAGUCAGACAAUCAUAAUAUAAUAAUAAUAAUAGUAAUAAUAAUAAUAAUAAUAAUAAUAAUAAUAAUAAACAAAUGGUGCGGGACACUUUUGGAGUCUUGAAGGUUUAUUUCAUCCAGUUCCCAUAAUGAUUAAUUGCUGCUUCUUUUCAUUGUUUCAUAUUAAAGUUGAUUUCUGUAAGUUCAAA